AUACCCGUAGCCGCGAUUGCAACGCUCGGUACAAUUCUCCGUGUGGAUCUUUCAAAUAACUCGAUAGCAGACAUCGCAGAUAGCGACGCGAUUCCCUCCUUACCAAAGGUCAGUCAUAAUCGCGCUAUAGCCCUCAUCAAGGCAUUGAAGAGCAAUUCUCCAGCGGAAAGACCAGCGAGUUUUUUUCAGCUUUAUGACAUCAACCUUGGAUCCAACAAGAUUUGCUCAAUCCAUUCGUCAGCAUUUCGGAAUGUAAAGGACUCCAUACAAAUAAUUAACCUCGGCCAUAACUGCCUCAACUCCGUCCCAUCCUCUUCACCGAACGAGCACUUGCACGAAACCCUGACUAAUCACGCUUUUUCAGCGAUUCGCGGACUCAAGCAGCUGCAGGCUCUACACAUGCAAAAGAACAACAUAACCGCUUUGGAGGCGCUCAAUUUUUUGAAUCUGCCCGUGCUGAAUCUGCUCAACCUGGCCGGCAACAAGAUCUCAGACGUUAACAGACAAGCGUUCUUGAACGUUCCACAACUAAAAUAUCUGUAUUUGACGAACAACAAGAUCUCAAAGCUUACUGCUCACCAGUUCGCUUCUUUCGAUCAGAUAGAGAUGAUCGAUCUGACCGGAAACGAGAUUACCGACAUACCCAGCGAGUGCAUGGCCCAACUACCUCAACUCAGGCAACUGUUCCUUGGAGGAAACCGUAUUCAAACUAUUGGCAAGAAUGCAUUUGCCAACAGUUCUAUUGUGAUACUGAGUCUAGUCAAUAAUCAGCUGAAGGAGAUCACCGAAGGAAUGCUAGAUGGCAUGACCAACUUACAAAGUGUCGUCUUUAAAGGCAACAAGGUAAGUAAGCUUAAAAUCUUAUCAAAUGCUUAG